AUGAUCGCUCGACUCGUUCGGAAUCACAUUUUCGGACGUCAACGUUGUCCCAAAUCCGUCCAGCAUGUCUUGCGGACGCUGCAUACAGAUGCUGCCAACAUUCGCAACAUUGCCCUCAUGGCCCAUAUUGACUCUGGAAAGACAACAUUGACAGAAUCUAUCUUGCAUGCAUCAGAAUACGUCUCAAAUCCAGGUUCCGUGGACAGUGGAAGCACGACGACAGAUUUUCUUCCAGCGGAAAGGGAGCGCGGAAUCACCAUCCAAUCAGCAAGCAUCCCUGUUCACUGGAAGAAAUGGAUAUUCAACUUGAUUGAUACGCCCGGGCAUGCCGACUUUGGAAUGGAGGUCGAAAGCGCGAGUCGUGUCGUCGACGGUGCUGUCGUAUUGCUGGACGGUGUAGAAGGAGUCGAGGCACAAACUCGAGGAGUAUGGUCGCAGCUUAACAGGCACCAGGUGCCGACUCGGCUACUCUUCAUCAACAAGCUGGACAGAGCAGGAUCUUCACUCAGAAAUUCAAUACUUUCUGUCCUUUCGAAUCAUUUGCACCCUCGUCCGACGUUACUCUGUUUGCCAGUAGCCUCUUUCGAUACCACAUUGUACCAAACAGGUGAUUCCGGCCUUGAGGGGAUCGUCGACAUUGUGCGAUGGAGAGCGUUCAAAUGGAACACCAUAGACGCAGAGCUCAUGCAGGAGGAAGUAAUAACCGGCACUCCAGAAGAAUUGCUCUCACAGAAUCACCCUCUCCUUCCUGAAAUCAAACAAGCCCGGACAGAUUUGAUCGACUUGCUUUCCGUCCACUCUCCAGAGCUCAUGGACGAGUUCCUCUCCCUCGACACAUCAGAUCCAUAUCUCACGCUCCCUUCCACAUCCAUCGUUCCUCACCUUCGUCAACUCACGUUGAGAAAGGAGAUAUUGCCUGUCUUCUGUGGGGCUGCACUACGACACAUCGGAACCAAGAACCUCAUGGACUACAUUGGCGACUUGCUCGCCAGCCCAGUCGAUGUCAACACUGCUAAAGCACCGGCGAAGCGAGGGUUUGUCAAUGUCCUCGCGUGGAAGGUUGGAUGGGAUAAGCAGAAAGGCUGGAUGACAUUCGUUAGGGUGUAUGGUGGAACACUUACAAAGUCUACGAUGCUAUACAAUACUUCUACGCGGCAAAAGGAACGGAUUUCAAAACUUAUGCUCUGCUAUGCCGCCGAACACAAGGAGGUGGAGGAGCUUCCAUUUGGAUCAGUUGGGGUCAUCUUUGGCUUGCGAUACACUCGCACAGGUGACACUCUAGUGUCGGCUUCAUCAUCUUCGGAUCCAUCCGUUUCUUUGACGACGAAUUCAAUCAGUGCUCCACCUGCGACUAUCUCAGCUUCCGUCGUCUCUCAGAGCCAGUCGGAUAUCCAAGGAGUUCAAAACGCAUUAAACUCUCUUUCACGCACGGAUCCCUCUGUGCGCUGGACAGAGGAGGAUGGCCAAACUCUUGUCCAUGGGCUUGGAGCUCUCCACCUCGAGAUAGUGGACGGUCGCCUCAGGGAGGAAUUUGGAGCGCAAUGCACCCUUGGCAAGCGGAGGGUUAGCUACAAGGAAACGUUUUCAAAAGCCGAAGAGGUCGCCGAAUCCAUGACAUGGGAUAAGGAUGUAUUAGGAAAACCCGCUCGAGCCUUUGUCGAGCUCUCCGUACGCCGUCUGGCGGAGGAUGAGAAUGGACUCGAUGAAUGGGAUGGGAACCUGGUUCUCGACGCAGCGGGAAAACCUCUGCCAGCGUCUGCCAUCGAUACCGGCAAGUUCCCACUCGAUCUCUUAGCACUCGUCCAAGGACUUCGCGGCCCUCUCUCUGCUUCCCCGCACUCCGCUCUCCCAAUCACUGGAACUUGUAUCACCAUCAAGAACUACUCCAGCGCACCAGGGUCGCCACCUGCAGCACUCGCGUCAGCCUCAUCAGCCAUUCUGAGAGAUAUCCUCAAAAAUUCUGGUGGAGGAGAGCUGCUGGAGCCAUACAUCAAGGUCAAAGUCUCGGUUCCAGAGACAUACAUGGGCAAGGUGGUUAAGGAUCUUAGCGAAAACAAUGGCGAGAUUCAAGAAAUGGCAACAGACGGCACAUCUCUCUCUUCGAUGGGAGGUGCCGACGAGGUUGCACCCUUCUCGCAGGAUGGGCUCUACAUCCCUCCAGGAUGGAUGUCUCCAUCCGCAGUCCCCACCGGUCAAGGCGAACAAGCGUUAUUCAACCAAAAACGAUCCGUCUAUGCUCUGGCUCCUCUCAGCAAGAUGCUCGACUACCAAACACGUUUGCGCGCAGUCUCGGGAGGCCAAGCAACUUUCGAAAUGAGUAAUAUUGGUUUUAGGCAGGUCGAUCCUAUGCGCAGGAUGGAGAUUCUGCAAGAGCUCGGUCGGGCAUAA